UGCAGCACUUUCAUAUUUUGUGUGUGUUAUGAUUGAAAUAUCACCUGUUUUUAUCUCUCGUUCAAUAAAUGUCAAACAGAUUUUUCAGUCUGGUUAGAGUAUAAAUUAAAUGCUUCUCCUUUGGUAACAACAUUUUAAUAUCUUAGUAAUGCGGUACUUGUAAACAUACUUUAAACUUGGACUCGAGGGAGGACUUUUUUUUAAACCGAUUUUUAAUAUGUAUAUUUUUAUUUUAUAUAAACCUGUGCCCCUCAACGAUAUAAACACAUUGCUGCAAAGGUGUUCUGUAGUUACAACUCGCCUUAAAUGGUCUGUUUUUAAUUUAUUAUCUCCUUUUAUCCUUGCAAAGAACUCUAACACUAGCUUGCUCUGUUAUCUUUCUAUUUUAUCUGUUUUCUUUUUAUUUAUUAUAUUAUUUAAAAAACUAUUGCUACGUAUACUGCAUUAAGAUAACUGAGAUUUGUUAUAGCACUUGUAUAUCAUUGCUCUUUUGCUGAUAUUGAUUGCUUCCAUUGUCCUCAUUUGUAAGUUGCUUUUGAUAAAAGCGUCUGCUAAAUGACUACAUGUAUUUGGAAACUGGUAGUUUAACUGUAGGAUUUAUAACCUGUCUCUAAAUGGCUCCUGUAAUUUAACCAUAAUCCAAAGAUCAUAACUGAUCUGAUGAACGUUAUCGCAAAACAAACCCCAGACUUGUAUUACACCGCUACCUCCCGAAUAAAUAAAUACUCUACAUGGAAAUGAAAUACUGUUUUAUGUUUUAAUUAGGUUACUAUUUAACCUUACUAUUCAGGCUUUUGAUAAAAAGACAAAAAGAGAACAAAAGCACAGCCAUGUAAGAAACAUUUAUUUUGAUUAGCGGUAUAAUAUGUAGUGUUGCCAUGAAUUUCGUGAUGGGCCAUUCAGACAUUAAGUAUCUCAGAGAGCCGUGUAAUAAAGUGACAUAUUUAACUUAAUCCAGAGAUAAUUGUCUCGGAUUUUUAGUUAAAUUAAAAAAAAAAAAGUUUUGUUAUUUGAAUGAUGCGUCUGUUUUCUAUGGUCUUGCGAAACGUAUCACGUUGAUACUUUAUAAUGUCGCACAAAUUGCUAGGAUUAACUGUAAAAAAUAAAGCUAAAAAAUAGUAAAUGAGCUUGGUCACUUAGUUUUAAAUUUUUGAGUAAAGCUUUUAGAGAAAAACUGCAAAAUGUUAAGAGAUUAGUCCGGCUGAAUAAACGCAUCUCUGUUUCCCUUCUUUAACUUCGGCUUUGAGUGUAACUAACCAAUCCGAGCUCACGGACCGCUUGAUUGACAGGCGCUGUGUGCGUGAGCGUGUCCGUGGCGCGCACAGAUUCAAGACAGCGGUGUACUGCAUAAUGUGAGCAUGAGCUGUGGUGCAUUUGUCAGUCAGACUGGGAAAUGUAUAGCAACUAGUGUCCGUGAAGUAGUUCUCUCUCACACUGUCUGAACGCACACACAUAAUGCUGGAGUUGUUCUGGCGCGUCAGUUUAAUGUUUCCUCUGGGAGUUCAACACUCGCGCGGACACGCUCCCAGCUGUCAAAACACGGACUUGAAUAGAAAAACACUAUCAAAAACACGCUUUCAGUCGUUUCCCGCUCAAAAUUCAAUACAUGUCGCUGUUUGCAGCGGGAUAAAGAGCGCCGCUGUGUUUGUAGUCUAAUGAAGUCGGGUUUGUUAUGUAGGUCAGGCUAGGCUUAAGCAGCUUUACUGAACCUGCGUCAGCUUAAGCUAAAAGGAAUUCCAACAAAGCCCUCCCCGGGUAGGCGUGGGCCUAAUCGAGGCUGGCCUAGUUAAGCCUGAUUCUUUUUUUUUUAUGUCUGUGUGCUUGAGAGCCAGUUAGUGCAUGUGUGUGUUGCUUCACCAAGACGAGCAGUGAAGCAGCCUGCUCGCACAAGUGAAUAGAGAGAGACAGAUACACAGCACAGGGAACAGAGGAGAAGGAGAUCAAACCUAGAGCACUGAGACGAGCCUAAAGGCAGGAUGUCUACCUUAUUCAUGUCAAACAGCAUGGUCGGCAAAGCCCGCUCCUCCAACUUCACCCUAUCUGAGAAACUGGAUCUUCUGCGGCUGGUCCAGCCUCACAUACGCAUUCUGGAGGAGCACACCAACAAGCAUGCCGUGAUCGUGGAUAAGAACCGGUGCUGGGACAGCAUAGCAGAAAGCUAUAAUAGUUUCGGAGGCGAGAGGCCUCCUAGAACAGCUCAGGGCCUCCGCACCCUCUAUAAGCGACUUAAAGAAAGUGCCAAGCAGGAAGUUCUUCAGCGAAGCCACGCUCAACCCGAGUACCGGAGCAGCAUCUCGGAGCCAACCAAGCGCAUCAUGGAAAUGAUACCUCAACUGUUUCACGUGGGGGACAAAGAGCCGAACGCACUCCACAGGCUUCAGUUCAAGAGGAAUUCUCCUGUAGAGCAGCCAGGCAGCAGUUUGUCCCUCCCAGCAUUGUCGGACUAUCUGACGGUUGCGGCUGUGAGGGUGGAGACUGAGGAGGAUGUGAAACCACCUCCUGAUAUUCGCCUGAUCGCAUCUCACAGUUCACCUGUCACCAUCGCCACCCCGAGCAGCCAGGCCCACCACGGACCGAACGAGAGGGAAAAUGAAGUAGUGGAAGAGGAGGAAGAUGAGGAGGAGGAAUUAGCCUCCCAUGUGUAUGCGGCCUCUCUGUCUCCAUGCCCCUCUUCCGUACACCUGCCACCCUCGCCGUCGGGACACGGCCCCAGGAGGAGCGCGUAUCAGAGGGGGAGGGCAAUGUUCAGGAAUCCCGUUUUUGAGGCAGAAGCUCUGCAGAUGAUGCGAGAGGAGCAUGAGCUGCUUCUGGCCAAUCACCGAAAGCUUGGAUUAUAUCUAGAGGAGAAGAGGGAGGGGCUUAAGAGAAAGCAACAGCUGGAGGAGGAGCUACUCCGGUCAAGGGUCAAAGUAGAGAAAGUGAGGGCGGCCAGGCUACGCCAAGGACUAGCAUUAAUGUGACACGUAUGGUGUCACGUCUGAAAGUCUAUAACUCUGUAAUGUAAAAAUUAACAGACUUGUUUGUAUAUUUAUUUCUUGUGUUCCUGAUGUUUGUAGCAGGAAUUAACAUUUUUCAUAUGUCUGGUUAAAGAAGAAAAUAUGAUUUUAUUUUGUAUGUAUUCACUAAUAAAUUCAUAAUUGCUUUAAUCUCUGUUUUGAGCCUGUCCUUUUAUUCUUUUUUUGUCACACAGUCAGCGUUACGUAGCAACAGCAAUGAAUGUGAACCUUCUCUGUCAAGCUUUUUUGAGGACUUCAUUUGGGUGUUUAGCUACAGUGUUAUGCAUUUAUUUCAAGUCAGAAUAAAAUGGAAAUUGCUUGUUUUUCCCCCUUAUUGUGACAUGUAAAAAUAAAACCGCUUCUCAGAUGAGCCUACAUAUAUUGCAGGACUUGAUUUUGUCCAUUGGGAAUUGAUUGGAUCGUUGUUGUUAAUAGUUCAUAAUAAAUACUUUAAACAUUCCAAAAAAUAAAUACUAUUUUGAUUUCAUGGUU